AUGAAUGCCACUUACCACCACUCUAUUACCGUCAUUAACAGAACCAACAACGUCUGGUCGCUACUGCAUCAUGUCGUCAAAACCGCAAACUUACCUGUCCAAUGGACAGGUUCUGGGAAGGUAUGGAGACAGCCACUUUACGCCUUGGAUGACAACUCACUGACUGUGCCUUAUCAUCUCAGUCCGCCCCUCUGGGUUCGCAUCAACCGCCUUAUCGAGAACAUCUAUAUUUUCUUCGGCCUCUACUUCGUGAGCCUUUUCUCGCUUGAUCCAUACACGGCCGCGCAGAACUCGCAAUUCAAUAUCAAUCGUUCCCAAAAUCAUCCGAAUACUAGGGCUCGCUGGGGAGGCAGUGGUGGAUCCGGCUCCGGAGGCGGCGGCGGCGGCGGCGGCGGACCCGGUGGAUUUGGACCUAGGAGAAUUGGGCGCGUGGAUGAUAUUCGAGGGCCAGAAUGCAAGAGUUGCCGCUAA